AUGAGUGCGCUGAGCCGGCUUGGGAAAGAGCUUGUGGACGUGGACGCCCGCCUUGAAACCGAGGGCCUCCGACUGGUGGACAAAUGGCAUGAACUGAAGGUGGCCAUCAACCUCAGGCGUCUCCAGCGCGAGCGCGCCAACGCGAAGGCCGAGGCCUCCCUUGCAACCUCCCGUGAGGCCAGCGCCCGAGCCUUGGAAGAGGCCAGGGAGGAUGACCAUCGCCGUGAGAUCGCGGAGGAUCAUAGGCAGGAGCUCCAAGCCUUGAACGCCUCCCUGGAGCAGCAAGUUGAGGCGUGCAGGGCUGCCUUGGCGUCGAUGAAGGGGGCGCCUUCCGAAGAGGAAGAGAUCUUGAAGUGCGAGGAAGCGCUGAUGUUGGAGGCCUUGGAGCGAAGCCUGGAGCUUGAGCGGUUGGAGACGAGGGAGCGCCAGGUCGCUCAGGCGGAAGAUGCUGCCAGCGCGCGCGAGGCCAGAAUCCAGGAAGAAGUUGACUGCAGGGUGGCGGUGGCUCGUGCUGACCUUGCCAAUAGGCACGAGCUGAAGCUAAAGCUCUUGGAAGCCAAAGCUAAGGGCAGAACCACCGCCCUCAGAUCAAGGUUGAAUGAAGCGGAGCAGCGUGAGAAGGCCGCCGCUGCGGCCCUGAUCUCCGUUCAGGCCGAGUUGGCCUCUGCCCGUUCUGAGCUGCUCCCGCUUCAGCGGCGAGUUGCCGACGCCGAGUCCUUCGCGCAGUAG